AAUAAGAAAAUUUUAAAAAUUUCGCAGGGACUAUUUGUGAUAGGUGUGUGAACCUCAUAGAUGUUUUGUGAUAUAUAUAUAUGUCACGUCAGCAAAUUAACGGAGUUUUUGACAGAACCUAACGGCAGAGACCAUUUAUGAUAGCAUAUAUUAACCUCGAGGACUACGAGUGACAAAAAAAAAAAAAUUAAUGAUGCAAUCUGAUAGUUUUAUAAACCUUAAAGACGUUUUGUGAUAAUAAGCCUAACAUUAAUAAAAGCAAAAUACAAGCACGUAGAAACAAGAAAAACACAAAAAAUAGUAACAAUUACGGACCAGAUAAUUGGGAGGCAUGAAGUUCACCGACUCACCCGUGAUAGAGCUCCCGGUUCGAACCGCCGUCCUUUCCCUCCAACAGGACAACGGCUCCCUCCACGUCGGCACCUCCGUCUGGCCCUGUUCACUGGUUCUCGUCAAAUUCGCCGAGCGCUGGGCCCCACCCAGCCCCGCUGCCCAAAACCCCUACGCCAACCUCCUCGACUUCCACGGCAAGCGAGCCGUGGAGCUCGGCGCCGGCUGCGGAGCCGCCGGCAUGGGCCUCUAUCUGCUUGGUUUGACAGACCUCGUCCUCACCGAUAUUCCCGCGGUCAUGCCCGCACUGAAGCACAACCUCAAGCGCAACAAGUCCGUCCUGGGGAAGACGCUCAAGCACGCCAUCGUGCACUGGAACAAGGCGGCGGAUCAGGCCAAGUCCCUGAGCCCUCCGUACGACGUCGUUGUGGCGACGGACGUCGUUUACAUAGAGGAGACUGUGGGCCCGCUCGUGUCCACCAUGGAGGCGCUGGUGAAGGACGACGGCGUCGUUUUGCUCGGCUACCAGCUGAGGUCUCCGGAAGCACACCAACUGUUCUGGGAAAUGUGUGAGAGGGUUUUUGUGAUAGAGAAAGUUCCGCACCAGGAUUUGCACCAGGAUUAUGCGUACGAAGAGGCUGAUGUGUUUGUCUUGCGCAAGAAACAAAAAGGAGGGCUCACUCAGGAUGCUGCUCCUGACUCUGCCACUUGAGUGCAGGUUUUUGGUCUUAGAUUUUGGAAUUUCUUUUUUUGUGUAAGAAGUUUGUCAAAGUUUGUGCUGUUUGUUCUGCUGCUUGAAUCCUGUUGUAGAACUAAAUUAAUUUGUGUCUUUUUGGCUCACUACUUGGAAAUUUGCUUACGAAAUGAUCAAAUCAAAUUUCACCAGUGCUUCACACAA